AUGGAGCAUCUACCUGUUCAUUUACCAUAUGAGGCUAUGGUUGGUGGACCUAUUCAGUAUAGGUGGAUAUGGCUUCAGACUCAUCCUGCUACACAGUCUCAUCCUGCUACACUGACUCUGCCUACCACUCAGCCUUUACCCAGUCCUGGAGCUAGUAGCCCACAGUUCUACUCAGCAGACCCCCGAUUUCCUUCACCAGAUCCCGCACAGAGUACUCCUUUCUACCCAUACUACUCACCCCCACCAUAUGCUGGUGCCCAUUAUACUUAUCCAUUUCCACCAUAUGCUCCACCAUAUUAUCCCCCACCACCCCAUCAUCCUUCUACAACUGGUCCUUCGACACCGGCUUCACCAGAGCAGGCGACAUAUGGUAGAAUGUUGAUAGCACCUAAGGGUGACACGUAA